UGACCAACGGUAGACACCGUAGCGGUUCUCUUGUUCUCAAUCAGCCAGCAGCAGAGUGCUCGGCUCGGCGUGUGAUCGCUACUCUGUGAGCAUAGAUGUGCAAAACCUCUGGAAUAACCCGUUGCUGGAGAGGCCACAAGCGACCAGCGGGGAGGACUGCGUCUGUUUAGCCGACUAAAGGGAACUAAGGCACGGCGAGAGCAUGGCGGUAGAAGAGGAAGGUCUCCGGGUUUUUCAGAGCGUUAAAAUAAAAAUAGGGGAAGCAAAAAACAUCCCUCCAUACCCAGGGCCAAACAGGAUGAGGGACUGUUACUGCACUGUCAACCUGGAUCAAGAAGAAGUCUUCAGAACUAAGAUCGUUGAGAAGUCACUCUGUCCCUUCUAUGGAGAGGACUUCUACUGUGAGAUCCCACGUAGCUUCAGACACCUCUCAUUUUACAUCUUCGACAGGGACGUCUUCAGGAGGGACUCAAGUAUCGGCAAGGUUGCAGUGAAGAAAGAGGACCUGCAGAAAUAUCACGGGAAAGACACCUGGUUCCAGCUCCAACCCGUCAGCGCUGACUCAGAGGUGCAGGGAAAAGUGCACUUGGAGCUCCGUCUGAGUGAAGUCAUCACAGACAGUGGAGUCAUCAACCACAAACUAGCCACACGAGUGCUGGAGUGCCAAGGUCUUCCAAUUGUCAAUGGCCAAUGUGAUCCCUACGCUGCUGUCUCAUUACUUGGUCCUUCCAGGUCAGAAGCAAAGAAGACCAAGGUGAAAAGGAAAACCAAUAAUCCACAAUUUGAUGAGGUUUUCUAUUUUGAGGUGACACGGCCAUUAAGCUACACAAAGCGUCAGUUUGAUGUCGAAGAGGAAGACGUGGACAAACUGGCGCUGCGGGUGGACCUGUGGAACGCUAGCAACUUGAAGUUUGGUGAUGAGUUCCUGGGAGGAGUGAGAGUUCCCCUCAGAGUACUGGGUCAGGUUGGAGUCCACGACGCCUGGUACUAUCUCCAGCCCAGGGAGAAUGGAGGGAAGUCGGUCAAGGUCGAAGAGCUCGGAUCGCUGCGUCUUAACAUCGUUUACACCGAAGACCACGUCUUCCCAUCUGAGCAUUACACCCCCCUCAGAGAUUUGCUGCUGCACUCUGCCAACACACAGCCUGUGUCGUCGUCCACAGCUCACAUUCUAGGGGAGGUGUGUCGAGAGAAGCAAGAAGCCGCCAUUCCGCUUGUGCGACUCUUUCUUCACUACGGCAAGAUUGUGCCUUUCAUCAGUGCCAUUGCUCACGCUGAAGUCAACCGUACGCAGGACCCAAACACCAUUUUUCGGGGAAACUCUCUCACAUCCAAAUGCAUUGACGAGACCAUGAAACUGGCAGGAAUGCACUACCUGCAAGUCACACUUAAACCAAUCAUUGAUGAGAUAUGCACAGAACACAAGUCCUGUGAAAUUGAUCCAGUUAAGCUGAAGGAAUCAGAGAACCUGGAGACAAACAGAGAAAACCUUCGACACUAUGUGGAUCGUAUCUUCAAUGUCAUCACCACCUCAGGUGUUAGCUGUCCCACUGUCAUGUGUGACAUCUUCUUCUCCCUGCGAGAGUCUGCUGCCACGCGUUUCCAAGUGGACCAAGAUGUGCGAUACACUGCAGUGAGCAGUUUCAUCUUCCUGCGUUUCUUUGCACCAGCCAUCCUAUCCCCCAACCUCUUUCAUUUAAGGCCACACCAUCCGGAUCCCGCCACGUCCAGAACUCUUACCCUCAUUUCCAAGACCAUCCAGACCCUGGGAAGUCUUGCAAAGUCUAAAUCUGCCAAUUUCAAAGAGUCUUACAUGGCUGCAUUUUACGACUACUUCAAUGAGCAGAAGUACGCAGAUGCUGUGAAGAAUUUUCUGGACCUCAUCUCCACCUCAGGCAAGUGGGAUCAGAAGAGUAUUGAGACACCAAUCAUGCUCAAAGAGGGGAGUGUAAAAGUCACUAUAAAGAGGGUUGAUGGGAAGGGGUCAAAAGGCACGAAGGGCAGAUUUAUGAUAAAGAGAGCACAAGGCAGGAACCGGUUUGGAAUGAAGAACUUCAAGAAGAGAUGGUUUCGCCUCACCAACCAUGAGUUUACCUACCACAAAACUAAAGGAGAGGGAGCUCUGUGCAGCAUUCCCAUAGAGAACAUCCUGGCUGUAGAAAGGCUGGAGGAGGAGUCUUUCAAGAUGAAAAAUAUGUUCCAGGUGAUCCAGCCAGAGCGGGCACUCUACAUCCAAGCCAACAACUGCGUUGAGGCGCGAGAUUGGAUCGACAUCUUAACCAAAGUCAGCCAGUGCAACCGCAAGCGUCUUAGCACGUACCAUCCUUCAGCCUACCUCAACGGUCACUGGCUCUGCUGUAAGCUUUCCGCCGACACGGCGCCUGGCUGUACGCCCUGCACAGGCGGCCUCCCUGCCAACAUCCAGCUGGACGUCGAUGGAGACAGAGAGACCGAGAGGAUCUAUUCUCUCUUCAGCACAUACAUGACCAAACUGAUCAAGAUGCAAGAGGCCUGUGGCAGUAAGUCGGUGUACGAUGGUCCCGAGCAAGAGGAGUACUCCAGUUUUGUCAUUGACGACCCCCAGGAGACCUACAAAACCCUGAAGCUGAUUGUGUCAGCUGUACAGACUUUGGAGCAGCAGCACACAAAGUACAAACGAGACAAGUUCAAGAAGACCAAGAUAGGCAGCCAAGAACAUCCAAUAGGGGACAAGAGUUUUCAAUGCUACAUCCGUCAGCAGUCAGAGAGCUCCACCUACUCCAUCUGACCGUGACUCUUUGUUCAUGGUUGUUUCUGUGAUGCUCAGAAGCGACGCACUUGAUUUGACAGUGCAUCGUGUCCACCUGCGCUCACAUGACUUGCACCUGCUGCGGUGAGUUCAGGGGAAAUACCAAUUUUACAUUUCCUGACGGGUCCAUGCCAGCGGUGUGCAUCUCGCCACAUAUAUGAGGAGAAACAGACCUCAGAUCAGUUGUAAAGGAGGAGGAACAUAAGUGCAGGAAGAAGAAAAGAAGAAGGAACCCUCAUUCUUUCUGCGACGUGAUGACAAGAGAAACUUUUUUUUUUUUCACUGGACGAUUUUCACAGUGAAUGACGUGCACUUUAAUUGCCUCCAAAUCAAUGGACGAAUAAGCCUCGCAGCACAUUUUCAAAAAGUGUAUUUUGUCGCUUUUCAUUUGUAUUUUGGUAACGGUUGUUAUACUAUUUCUUUGUAUUCCACGUCUAACAGACCAAAACUUUAGAAGGAGCAACUAACUCGUAAAGCUUGCUCUUAAGGUCGAGGCCUCACAAGAAGGGGUUAUUGGGACCAAGUGCAGCCCGGUGUGCUGGAUGUGUGAGCGCGAUCACGCUCCACUGGCGCCUGCUGCCAUCGUUUAUCAUCAAUGUGCUAACAGAUGCGGAGAUUUGAUUUGGUUGAGUGUUUUGAUCUGGUGCCCCGGCCUGAAAGGAAUCCAAACGCAACCUGGAUGUGCUAUUUUUGUUUCUCUGCAAGCGGUUUAAAAGAUAUCUUCAGCCACUGACUUUACGUGACUUCAUUGUUGGAGGUCCUGGGCAUCAGAAUGGAGCUGCUCUCAAACUGCAUACCAAAAGCUUCACCCAUCUGAUUUAGUGGCCACACACACACAGGUCAUUUACAAGGCACUGCAUUAACAAACAUAAAUAGUGGUAGUGAAUGAAUAGCAAAUUUGUAAUCAAAAAUUAAUUCCGACGGCGAAUUUCAAUCCAACAUCCAACAUCAUGACAACUUCAAAUUGUAUGCAGAGAAAUUUGUACAUUUUUUCUGUCUGGGUUUUAAGACAGGACUCAAACUAUGAAAAAACUGCCACAUCUUCACUCAUCUCUCCCUAAAAAUGCUAUUUUUAGUCUUCUUAACUCAACUUCUCAUGUUUUGACCUUUGCAAGUCAUUAUUGCGAAAUGGGUGGAUAUUGUUAGCGGUUGUGUUGACCUAUCAGCUGCCUAAUAAGUUGUGUUUAGUGACGUCGCUGUGUGUUGUCCUGGCAGCACUAGCCUGUAGUGUCAAUUAUAUUUUAUACAGUCCUCUGACAUGCUGCCUGCCACCAACCUUACCCAUCUGCACCUCAGAUUCCAUGGAAGGUGCUGGAUUUUUAAUCUUGCUAACACGCGUGUGUGUUUUCCCAAAGGCAACUUCCCUUACUCGCUUUAAUUCCUCCUCAUCAUCAUCUUCAUUGAUUUUUAUUGCCAAACCGGUGCAUGGGUAGCUUCCAGUCACCUUUGUGCAAGCAGGUGAAUUUACACCACUCACAUGUUUGAUAUCUCCAAAUGUAAACCCUGGUUGUGUACCCUGAGUGGUGGUCAGUGCCAGUCAUUACUUUUGUACAAUCCUCUUUAAAAAAAAAUAUAUAUAUAUAUAUAUAUAUAUAUAUAUAUAUAUAUAU